AUGCCUUUAGCGGCCUUGGGGCAACGCGCAGCGCUUUUCGCAACUUCAGCAACGACGACACGUAGUCUGUUGGGCAGGUUACGGGAGUCGGGUCCGCAGGAUCAUCGUUUCGUUUCCACGAGCACACGCUUGGUCCACCAGUCAUCGCAAACGUUCGGUGCAAGGCGGGCUACUUUGCAGCAGCUCGCUCUAUUCAAGGCGGUCGGCACUGGGGGGUCGUACGGCGUCCCUGGCGGCAAGCAGACGCUGAAACGGCAGCUGCACGCGUCCACACCCAUGGCCAAGGUGCCGCUUUCACGCUAUGAACCGGAUACGAGUCUCGAAGAGGUCUAUGAGCGCAUUCGCCAGAAUGUCGCGGUGGUUCGGAAACGUCUCGAUCGGCCGCUUACGUUGGCGGAGAAGAUCCUGUACGGACACCUGUCGAAUCCGGAAACAGCAGAGCUCGUUCGCGGCAAGUCCUAUUUACACUUGCAUCCGGAUAGAGUGGCGAUGCAGGAUGCAACAGCACAAAUGGCAACGCUGCAGUUCAUGUCGGCGGGGAUUUCGCGCACCCAGGCACCAACCACCAUCCAUUGCGAUCAUUUGAUUACCGCCCAGAGUGGGGCCAAGGAGGAUCUCGAACGAGCAGUUCAGCAGAAUCGUGAAGUGUACGACUUUCUGUCAACAGCGGCCGCCAAGUAUGGCAUGGGUUUUUGGAAACCGGGUUCUGGUAUCAUUCAUCAGAUCAUACUGGAGAACUAUGCUUUCCCGGGCGGGCUUAUGAUCGGUACCGACUCGCACACGCCGAAUGCCGGCGGUUUAGGGAUGGCGGCUAUCGGUGUCGGGGGCGCCGACGCUGUGGACGUUAUGGUUGGGCUCCCGUGGGAACUCAAGGCACCGCGGGUCAUCGGCGUGCGCCUCACUGGCAAACUCCACGACUGGACUGCUCCGAAAGACGUUAUUCUCAAGGUUGCGGGAAUCCUUACGGUCAAGGGCGGCACCGGCAGCAUCAUCGAAUACUUUGGCCCCGGUGUCGAUUCGAUUUCCUGCACGGGCAUGGGUACCAUAUGCAACAUGGGUGCCGAAAUCGGUGCGACAACCUCGAUUUUUCCCUACAGCAAAAGAAUGGAGGCGUAUCUGAAAGCCACUCGUCGUGACGCGAUCGCGGAACUGGCCAACAAGUACGUCGACCUGCUGCGCGCCGACGAGAACGCAGUCUACGAUCGUCUGAUAGAAAUCAACCUGAGCGAGUUGGAGCCGCAUGUGAACGGUCCCUUCACACCCGACUUGGCGCAUCCGUUGAGCAAGCUCAAGGACGCUGUCAAGCAAAACGAUUGGCCUGCUGAGAUCCGGGUCAGCCUGAUAGGCUCGUGCACCAACUCAUCCUAUGAGGACAUGAUGCGAGCGGCUUCGGUCUGCAAGCAGGCAAUCGAUCACGGUGUCAAGGCGAAGACGAUUUUCCAUAUCACUCCGGGCUCAGAGCAAGUUCGUUCGACGAUUGAGCGCGACGGUAUGAUACAGCUGUUUGAAGCGAUCGGUGGUGUUGUUCUCGCGAAUGCAUGCGGGCCCUGUAUCGGCCAAUGGAAUCGACAGGAUGUACCAAAGGGCGUCAAAAACACCAUUAUCACUUCGUAUAAUCGCAACUUUGCGCAGCGCAAUGACGGGAAUCCGCUUACACAUGCGUUCAUGGCGAGCCCGGAAAUCGUGACUGCGUUUGCGCUCUCCGGACGACUCGAUUUCAAUCCGGUUACGGAUGUGCUGACGGAUCAGUCAGGAAAGCCGUUCAAACUGCAGAGUCCAAGCGGGGAUGAGUUGCCGGCUCGCGGCUUUGACCCCGGACGGGACACGUUCCAGGCACCUCCGGGGGACGGCUCGAGCGUCGCUGUUCGCAUUGAUCCGCAAAGCGAACGGUUGCAACAGCUGGAAGCGUUCCCGGCUUGGAACGGCAAAGAUAUCGAACGGGCGUUCAUUCUCCUCAAGGUCAAGGGCAAGUGCACCACGGAUCAUAUCUCCAUGGCGGGGCCGUGGCUCAAAUACCGCGGCCAUCUGGACAACAUUUCGAACAAUCUCUUCAUUGGAGCUAUCAAUGCGGAAAACGGCAAAGCGAACCUCGUGAAGAACCAACUCAACGGUGAGUAUGGCCCGGUGCCCGCAACUGCUCGGGCCUACAAGCAAGCCGGCAUUCCGUGGGUCGUGGUCGGCGACGAAAACUACGGCGAGGGGAGCUCGCGGGAGCACGCCGCCCUGGAGCCCCGCUAUCUCGGUGGAGUCGCGAUCAUCGCGAAAAGCUUUGCACGUAUCCAUGAGACCAACCUGAAGAAACAGGGUAUGCUGCCGCUUACGUUCCAGGACCCCGCGGACUAUGACAAGAUCGACCCUUCUGAUCGGGUCAGUAUCCUCGGACUGACCAAGUUCCGUCCAGAUGAACCGUUAACGUUACGCGUUGAAAAGGCGGAUGGGUCGCAGCUUGAGCUCAAAGUCAACCAUUCGUUCAACGAGGCUCAGAUCGAAUGGUUCCGUCACGGUAGCGCCUUGAACAAGAUUCGGGCGGACCUGGUAGCAGCCGGCAAAGCCUGA